AUGACUUCCUUACCACGUCAAGAAUCUGUAGCGUCUUCUUUGCCGUCAAACAGCGGCGUCACCACAGAAAUUGACCGUCGAAGAAGGGACAAUUUGAAUGAUAAGAUGCAGACUCUGCUGAAGUUGAUUCCAGAGGAGCUUUUCCAAGAAUACUAUCGUCGAAAGGAAGUGGUCGACUUGGAAAACGGCCAUAGCACCCCGGGCAGUGCCGGUGUGCCCGCUGGAGGCUCAGCAAGCGGUAGUAAACUCAAAGGAACUGGUACAAAGGAUGGGAAGCCGAAUAAGGGCCAGAUUCUGACCCAGGCCGUGGAGUAUAUGACAAAACUACAAGCACAGGUGGAUGCACGCAACCGAGAAGAAGUAGAGCUGAUUUUGCGGGUCAAAGAGCUCAGUAAGAAAACGGGCGUUGCCGUCAACGAUAUUAAUUUGGAGAAUACGAGUGCUGAGAUCGCCUUGGCCAGAAUCGGCGUUGGACCGCUAGCGGGUAUGGGCGAAGAAAUGCUGGACAAUGCGGAGAAUGCUAAAGACGGCUGUUGA